UACCACUUCUACUUCCUUGUCAGGUCGUUAGGACCUGGUAUCUUUACCAUGAUAGCAUGUUUGGUAAAGGCACUAAGUCACUUCUUGUUCCUGAUGUUGACUGAAAGAAAAAAUCUGUAACACAAAGAAAAAGUUUCAACCUAACCUUUGAUAUCGACUUCGCUCUGGUGCAGCAAAGAUAGAGGGGGUGACGAUCUAGCAGGGUGAUCCAUGGAGCUAGUGUAUGUCACCAUCACUGCUCUAUGUGUUUGGGGAUUCCUUUCUGUGUAAACUGAACCUGGCAUAAUUUCGCAUCGAGGUUUGCAUUAUUUGCAAUUGAUUCUGAGACCACCACGACAAACCAUCCUUGAUCCUUCUGCCUGGGAGUACGAGUAGAUCACACAGGAGCACCACCGGGAAUUUUUCUAGCCGCACCGGCCGCACGAGGACGACCAGACGCGAAAAAAGUACUACUAAAAUCUUGGGAAUCUCGAGGACGAAAUACAAUGUCCUUACUUUAUCGCAAGUACAACAAGAACAAUAACUAAUUAUCGAACUUCUACUUCUUUCUUGGGACGACUCUGAAGUUUCAGGUGUCCUUGUCGUUGUCCUCAUCUCAUCUAGAAGCAGAGGAAAGCGCUAUAAAUUUGCGAUGACGGGUGCUUGUUUCGUUCAAUCGGACGGUCCCCGCGGGGAGAUCCUUCGCAGAAUUUUGCAAGACGAAUUUUCUCUAUACUGCGUGACGACUUCGAAAGGGAAGAAUCUACAACGCGAGCACAUCAUGCGCCGCGAGGAGAAGGAAGAAGAUGGUAGUUCGUCUUCUUCUUUUACGUCGGAUACAAACGCAGCGACUGGUGGUAGUGACUGCAGCAGCACUACGUGCAGUUCAGAAGAUGAGAACAACCGCACGGGAGAAAAUGUAGCGCUUGAUCGCAAAUUCGGCAUGAGGAGAAAUGCACAAAAAGAAAAACGAGCACCACUUUCUCUUUUGUCAAAGAAAAUGAUACAGAGCACCGCAGAUCUUGAUCGAAUUCGGUGCUUGAGAUUUGUGUGGUUCCAUAACGCUUUACAGGUUGAGCGCUUUUGGAAGAGCUAUGACAAAAUCACACCAUCGAUGUUAACAACUUCUUCAACACGAAAUAGUUGUCAUACGACUCCGAACAAAACUACUCAUCUUCUUCAUGAAGAAAUACAAGAACAGGAAAUGUUCGUCUCGCGACUCCGUAAUUCGAUGCUGUUGGACAACAAGCUGGAACUCUGGAAGCUAGCUGGUCGUACUGGAUGGCUGCCAGAAGUUUUCACUGGAGAAACGAAAGAUGAAAACAGCAUUUCUUCUAGUUCAGAAAUAUCAUCCUCAAGGUCAAGAAGCCGCGUCAUCUGCAAGCCUGUAUCAGGAGCGAAGGGAAACGGGAUUCAGAUCAAAGACGCCAAUUUCCAGCUAAGCAAAAACGAGUUGUGCGAGUCAGGAUGUUCUGGAGGUGGUACAACAACCGAAAGGAGCACAAGUACUGCAGCAAUUGUAGCGUCGACGUCUUCAUCUUCAUCUUCCACGUCUUCAUCUUCCACCUCUACGGUACUCGUCCAGAAGUACAUUGAGAACCCACUCCUGCUUUUCCGGCGCUACAAAUUCGACAUUCGCCAGUACGUGCUGAUUGUUUGUCGAGGUCCCGGUAAGUACGAUGGGUACCUCUGUGACGGGUACAUACGUCGCUGUCCGGCACCUUAUGCAGCAACGGCCGUCGGUAGAACAAAUAUGGCAGCAGUUGAUGACUAUCUGCGUGCCACUUGUGACUCUGGUGAUCCGAGCAGGAGCAGGACAACAGUAGGAAAAGAUGGCAGUGAUGUACUUGAUCUGGAGGAAAGCCUUAACGAGGAGGACUGUUACAGUCAGCUGAGUAACUGGAGUAUCACGAAGCAUUUCCCUGGCUACAAUCAGGCCGCCGACGAGGUGCGUAGCGUUCCGCUUCGAAUCCCACUCACGCGCUUCAUGUUUGGGCGUGCAAGAACAACUAGUAUGCGUCUCAAGGUGCAGCGCUGUAUUCACGAUGUCGUUGCAGCCUAUGUAGAAGAGCGGAAGCAGCGACAACAACAACCAGACCAUGAUAAAGCUGGCGCUGCUGGUGGCGUGGAUGCUCGGAUGACUACUUCCACUACUUCUACUUCUAGACUCAGUACCAAGACCAAUACUGCUUCCACGACAACGUGCUCCUUAAGAAGCGUCGAUCUGCCUGGCCAAUUUGAGCUUUUUGGGGUGGACUUUCUCUUCGACGGCGACUUCAAGCUUUACCUGCUGGAGUUCAAUUCGGGGUGCGGGGUUAGGUGGAACGCAAAGUUUCUGCGUAGAAUCCAUAAGAGGAUGUACGAAGACAUGGUUCGAUUAGUACUCCCAUCUACUUCCCGGCACUAUAAUAUUGACGACAGCACGAGCACGGCUUCAAUAGUACCAGAAGAAGCUGCUCCAGGAGGAGAAAUGCUAGGAGCGCCAAGUUGUAGAACUACUUCUUCUGUUGAUGUUGAUUCUCGUGAAUCGCCAAUAGGACAACAUGGAAGAACACCUUGGGUGCAGGUCUAUCCAGAACUACCGUAAAAUGAAGAUGCGUCGUGUUGAGUGAUCAAAUUAUACCUUUAUCAUUUUUCCAUGACUUUUAAUAUUGCAUAGAAUAAGCCGCACGCGCACAUGCAACCAGAGCUCUACCACAGUUUUUUGCACAGAAAAAAGGGUAGAGUUGUUUGGGAAAGUAAGUAUGUAAAGUAGUAGUGUAUAGAGCAACAAUAAUAAAUAAUGUAUUCUGUACGGAGACGGACAGGAGCCAGGAAAGCAUCUUCGACAACGGGUGCUUUUUUGGCGUAUUAUCUCGUUCUUUUUUGGCUUGGGGAGGUAAGUUCUUUCCAAUACAUUUGAAAUGUACUUACAGAUUGAUGGAUAUAAUGAUGAUGUUGACAAUGAAUAGAUCAACGACAGCGACUAUUGUAAUUACUCAUUGAUUUUUUGGUAACCAUUUUUCUCGCAUCUAUAAAGAGCCUCACACCCGCGGGGUGUUGCGUUAAGAUUAGUAUGGGUAUGAAACUUGAUGAACAAGAACAUCAAGCGAUAUCAUGACCGACUGCGUAACUCUAAGAUGUUGGAUCUUCACGGUGAAAUUUUAGGUGAAUGGUACUGCAAAAACUAGGAAUGAUAGCCAUAGCGCCAGUCUUCUG